GCCUUUCCAUUUGCUCGUCCAGGAUUUAGAAUAAGGAAGCCUGGUACCUCCCUAGUAUUGUUGCCAAUAAGUAGCCCCCAGAAAACACAUUCGCAUUGAUCAUAGAACAAAGAAGCACUGAACUUCUCAAGAUCUAGAGUUUAUCUCUGCUCCAACCAAAGCCAUGGCCUCCAGUCAGAUGGUGCGUAUGAAUCAAGGACAAGGGGAAACAAGCUACGCUCGCAACUCCAGUAUUCAGAACGCUCAACAGAACAGGAUGAAGCCCCUGAUAGAAGCGGCCGUCGUUGACUUAUGCAGCAGCAUCAACAGCAGCACUGUGUUCCCCAGAAAGAUGCUGAUCGCAGACUUGGGCUGCUCUUCUGGCCCAAACGCGCUAGCACUGGUAUCGCUUGCCGUCGAGGCUAUCCACAACCACUGCCUUCAGUUCCAGCAGUCACCACCGGAAGUAUGUGUGCUCCUCAACGACCUGCCUGAAAACGACUUCAACGCGGUGGUGAAGAGCCUCGUCACGCUCCGUCAAAGCAACAAGCCUUUAGUCGUGACUGGUGUCACACCGGGGUCAUUUUACGAGAGGCUCUUCACUAGUGGUUCCUUGCAUCUUGUCUGCUCGUCAAAUAGCCUGCAAUGGCUCUCAAAGGCCCCUGAACAUCUAACGAGGAAUCAGAUUCCGGCGUAUGACAUCGAUGAGAACGCUAGGCGUGAAAGGCUCCCUAUGGUCCAUGAGGCUUAUGCUCAACAGUUCAGGAAAGAUUUCACACUUUUUCUCAAGUUGAGAGCCAAAGAAUUGGUCUCGGGAGGCCGGAUGGUUGUUUCCAUUAUCGGGAGGCCUUCUUAUGUAAUUGCCUCCAGAUUCUUUCACCUGUGGGAAAUUGUAGCUCAGAUUCUAAGUGUCAUGACCUCAGAGGGUGCGAUUGACAAAGCAAAAUUUGAUUCUUUCUACAUUCCGUUAUAUGGACCCUCCUGCCAAGAACUGAGGGAGAUCAUACAAGAAGAAGGCUCCUUUUCAAUCAGGGAGAUGCGAGAACAUGACCCUAAAACCGACUAUGACAACACAUUCGUGACACCAAGCAGGUUUUUGAAUCAUCUGAGAGCCAUAUUUGAGCCGAUAAUAGUCGAGCAUUUUGGAGAGGUUAUGGAUGAGUUUGUGAGGACCGCAGAGCGUCGAUGGAGUGUGGAAGGAAGCAUGCAAGAUGGGUGUGCUAGAAACCCACGAGUUAUGCUGGUCGCAUCCCUCGCAAAAGCAUGA